GGUCAGAAAGUGCGAAUUCAUUUUUUAACCGUUUCAUUCAUCGCAAGCUCACCCUUGUUGAGUUCUGGCUAAGGUUUGAUACAACAUUAGAAUGCCAACGCCAAGAGGAGUUGAUUGCAGACAACUCAAGCAUCCAUAGGACCCCUCAACUAGUGACACCGUGGGCAAUUGAGAAACAAGGCAGUGAAGUAUUCACAUAUGAGGUGUUUGAGAAAUUUCAGAAACAAAUUAUUGCUGCCAGGGACCAUUGCUGUGUUCAAAGCAUUGCACAACAUGAGGGGAUAAAAAUAGUGACAUUCAAAACAGGUGCUAGUAAGGUAAGGGAGGUCCGCUGUGACAUAGCAACCAUGAUAGCUAAUUGUUCAUGCAAGUUAUUUGAGUCCCAUGGAAUUCCGUGCCGCCAUAUUAUCCAAGUAAUGAGGAUGGAAAAUCAACAAGAGCUUCCAACCUUCUAUAUUAUGGAAAGAUGGCAGAAAAGGUGUAAAAGAGAAAGUGUUUACGAUGUUCAAGGCAAUCUUCUAGAAGAGAAGCCCGCUGACUCCUUGGAUGCAGCUGCAAGGAAGAAGAUUCUAACAGUACGCAACAAGUUGGAAGAUCUAAUCCAAACAGCCAAACAAUCGGAUGAAGGCAUGGACUUUUUAUUAUCAAGUGUGUUGAGCAUUGAGGAGCCUUUGAGCCAAAAGGUUCCUGCUGCAGUCAAGCACACUAGACAAGAGGAAUAUGAGGCAUUUAUUGGUUGCAACAUUCCUACUGAAGUUAACAUACAUCCGCCAAAUGAUGUCCGUUCAGUGGGGAGAAGUAAAAGAAUAAAGAGAGGAAAGGAGAUGAAUGGGGAAGAACAGAAAAAGAAGAACAAAGAAGCCAAGGCCAAGGUUGCGCGCAUGUGCAGGACGUGCAAUACAUUAGGAUUUCAUGAUAGUCGCAAGUGCCCAAGCAAAAAUAGUCAAGGAAAAGAAGUGAAUGUGCAAGAAAUUCAUACAGAUGGUGCAUCAUGAAAGCAACUCUUGCAAAAAAAGAAUUGAUUAUCAAUAUUACUAUUUUAGUUAGUAUACGAAAUAUCUUUAUGUAAUGGAUUAUAAUUUUUCUUUUGUCCAGAUGUUUAUCUUAAGGUCGGCAGAUUUAAUGUAUUGCAAGUU